GGUGGAUACCCUCACUGGGAUCCUGUCCCCCGUGCAGGAGGUGCGGGCGGCUGCAGAGGAGCAGAUUAAGGUGCUGGAGGUGACAGAGGUGUAGCAUAAGCACUGUCCACCUGCGGAGGGCGCCCCGCAAGGAUCCAGAAGCGCUCCUGGGCAUGUGGCGGGCACUGAACCGAGCGGAAGGCGGCCACGCUCGGAAAAAGGCCAGUGAAUUUGGUGUUCACCUCGCAGAGCUGACUGUAGAUCCUCAGGGGGCACUGGCCAUCCGUCAGCUGGCGUCCGUCAUCUUGAAGCAGUAUGUGGAAACUCACUGGUGUUCCCAAUCGGAAAAAUUCAGACCUCCUGAAACUACAGAAAGGGCAAAAAUUGUUAUCCGGGAGCUAUUACCCAAUGGGUUGAGAGAAUCAAUAAGCAAAGUGCGCUCCAGUGUGGCCUAUGCUGUGUCAGCCAUUGCCCAUUGGGAUUGGCCUGAAGCCUGGCCCCAACUCUUCAAUCUGCUCAUGGAGAUGUUGGUGAGCGGAGACUUAAAUGCCGUCCAUGGAGCCAUGCGUGUGUUGACAGAGUUUACUCGAGAAGUGACAGACACACAGAUGCCACUUGUUGCUCCUGUCAUUCUCCCAGAGAUGUAUAAGAUAUUCACCAUGGCUGAGGUGUAUGGUAUUCGAACUCGUUCCCGAGCAGUAGAGAUUUUUACUACUUGUGCCCAUAUGAUCUGUAACAUGGAGGAGCUGGAAAAGGGUGCAGCCAAAGUCUUGAUCUUCCCCGUGGUGCAGCAGUUCACAGAGGCCUUUGUUCAGGCCCUUCAGAUGCCAGACGGCCCCACAUCUGACAGUGGUUUCAAGAUGGAGGUUCUGAAGGCAGUGACAGCCUUGGUGAAAAACUUCCCGAAGCACAUGGUGUCCUCCAUGCAGCAGAUCCUGCCCAUCGUUUGGAACACUCUGACUGAAAGUGCUGCUUUUUAUGUAAGGACGGAAGUGAAUUACACGGAGGAAGUGGAAGAUCCUGUGGACUCUGACGGAGAAGUCCUAGGCUUUGAAAACCUCGUCUUUAGCAUUUUUGAAUUUGUCCAUGCCCUACUAGAAAACAGCAAAUUCAAAAGCACCGUUAAAAAGGCUUUGCCAGACCUUAUUUACUACAUUAUCCUGUACAUGCAGAUCACCGAGGAGCAGAUUAAAGUGUGGACAGCCAACCCACAGCAGUUUGUAGAGGAUGAGGAUGACGACACUUUCUCCUACACGGUCAGAAUCGCAGCUCAAGACUUGUUGCUGGCUGUGGCCACAGAUUUCCAGAACGAGAGUGCAGUAGCCCUGGCUGCGGCAGCCACUCGGCAUUUACAAGAAGCUGAGCAAACCAAAAGCAGUGGUACUGAGCACUGGUGGAAAAUCCAUGAGGCCUGCAUGCUUGCUCUAGGCUCAGUAAAGUCCAUCAUCACUGACAGUGUGAAAAAUGGCAGGAUCCAUUUCGACAUGCAUGGGUUCCUGACCAACGUCAUCCUUGCAGACCUCAACCUUUCAGCGUCUCCCUUCCUCCUGGGACGGGCCCUUUGGGCGGCCAGUCGCUUUACUGUUGCCAUGUCCCCUGAGCUGAUCCAGCAGUUCCUACAGGCGACAGUCAGUGGUCUUCAUGAAACACAACCCCCAUCAGUACGGAUUUCUGCUGUGAGAGCCAUCUGGGGUUAUUGUGAUCAACUGAAAAUCUCAGAGAGUACACAUGUGCUUCAGCCCUUCCUCCCCAGUGUCCUUGAUGGCCUGAUUCACCUAGCAGCGCAGUUCAGCUCAGAGGUCCUCAACCUGGUGAUGGAGACCCUGUGCAUCGUUUGUACUGUUGACCCAGAAUUCACAGCAAGCGUGGAAAGCAAAAUCUGUCCCUUCACCAUCGCCAUUUUCCUAAAGUACAGUAAUGAUCCUGUUGUUGCCUCGCUGGCUCAGGAUAUCUUCAAGGAGCUGUCACAGAUUGAAGCCUGUCAAGGCCCCAUGCAGAUGAGGCUGAUUCCCACUCUGGUCAGCAUAAUGCAGGCCCCAGCAGACAAGAUCCCUGCAGGGCUCUGUGCGACAGCUAUUGAUAUCCUGACCACGGUAGUUCGAAAUACAAAGCCUCCCCUUUCCCAGCUCCUCAUCUGUCAAGCUUUCCCUGCUGUGGCACAAUGCACCCUUCACACGGAUGAUAACGCCACCAUGCAGAAUGGUGGAGAGUGCUUGCGGGCCUAUGUGUCAGUGACGCUGGAACAGGUAGCCCAGUGGCAUGAUGAGCAAGGCCACAAUGGACUAUGGUACGUGAUGCAGGUGGUGAGCCAGCUCCUGGACCCACGAACUUCCGAGUUCACUGCAGCCUUUGUGGGCCGCCUGGUCUCCACGCUCAUCUCCAAGGCAGGGCGGGAGCUUGGGGAGAAUCUGGACCAGAUUCUUCGUGCCAUCCUCAGUAAGAUGCAGCAAGCAGAGACACUCAGUGUCAUGCAGUCUCUGAUCAUGGUGUUUGCUCAUCUGGUGCACACUCAGCUGGAACCUCUGUUGGAGUUCCUGUGUAGCCUCCCAGGACCGACUGGCAAACCUGCCCUGGAGUUUGUGAUGGCUGAGUGGACGAGCCGACAGCAUCUGUUUUACGGACAGUAUGAAGGCAAAGUUAGCUCUGUGGCACUGUGCAAGCUGCUCCAACAUGGCAUCAAUGCAGAUGACAAGAGGCUACAGGACAUUCGAGUGAAGGGAGAGGAGAUCUACGGCAUGGAUGAAGGCAUUCGGACCCGCUCUAAGUCAGCCAAAAACCCGGAGCGCUGGACAAACAUUCCUUUGUUGGUCAAGAUCCUAAAGUUGAUUAUCAAUGAACUCUCCAACGUCAUGGAGGCCAAUGCGGCUCGCCAGGCCACUACCGCCGAGUGGAGUCAAGAUGAUUCCAAUGAUAUGUGGGAGGACCAGGAGGAAGAGGAAGAGGAGGAGGAGGAUGGUUUAGCUGGCCAGCUUUUAUCUGACAUCCUUGCCACAAGUAAAUAUGAGGAGGAUUACUAUGAAGAUGAUGAGGAAGAUGACCCUGAUGCCCUGAAGGAUCCUCUCUAUCAGAUUGAUCUACAGGCUUAUCUCACCGACUUCCUUUGCCAGUUUGCUCAGCAGCCCUGUUACAUAAUGUUUUCGUGCCACCUCAACGACAACGAGAAGCGUGUUCUACAGGCCAUCGGCAUCUAAAAGGGGGUCUUCGACCUGUGUUUCCUCUCCGGCCCAGCCACAGAGCGUUCCACAGCCCUCGACCUGUGUCUCCUCUCCGGCCCAGCCACAGAGCGUUCCACAGCCCUCGACCUGUGUCUCCUCUCCGGCCCAGCCACAGAGCGUUCCACAGCCCUCGCUGGUCUUGAGAUGCACUUUCCUCAGCCUGGAGUGGCUUUCUGGCCCAUGGCCUCGACAGUGACACUGACAGCUCAGUCCUUGCUCACCAAGGCUGCCAUUUAAAAAUGCUAAAACAAAGGACAUUUCUCAAAGUCCUGUGAAGAUACCCCAAAUCUGGAACUGUUUUUCUCCCCAGCUCUACCCCUACCUCCAGAUUCCUAGCAUCUUUUGUUGGCCAGAAACAUUGAUACCCAGAAGGAUUAUGGGUUCCUGAUUAUUUGCCCCACCUCAGGAGCACAGGAAGUCACUACCAUUUAUAUUCAGAAACAUACCUGUUCAUUUUCAUAGGACAUCUGAUGUGUUCAGAUAGGAGUUCCCUUGAGAGAUCAUUAUGCUUUCUUCCCUCUGCCCCUGAUGCUCUAGGUUCUUGGUAGGAACAAGUUGGAACAGCUACAUGCUAAGCCCUUUCCAGUGACCUCCCCUCCAUGCUUUCCUCAUGCAACACUAAGGCUCCCCUGUCAAAGGAGCCAUCUUCCCAUCUCUGCUCAUUGCAUGACACAGCCCCUCCCCCAGGCUGUUCCUAUAGAUACAUGCACACACGAAAUAAGCCAGACAGAUGGUAACUUGUCUUUCUUUUUUAGGAAAAAAAAAAAAUCAGGAAAAAGAUUUUUAUUUCUAAAUCUGCCUGACCCAUCUAUAUUUAAUAUGCCUCUUAUACGCAUAACCACAGAGCCUGAAAUUCAAAGGUUAUCCCUAUCCCUCAGGAAUCCUCUAAAGUGGUUGAGUUGUAGCCCUCAAAUUUACAACAUGUAUUUUUCUAGGACAGUAAAGCAAUCUUUACAAAUGAAUUUAGUCUGCAUACGAUAAGGUGUCUCAGCACCUCACCCUCUGUUUACUCCCUGUAGAAGGAAAGGGAAGGCAAGAGAAAGCCUUAGUGGAGCCUCUUCUGGCGUCCUGCUGUGAUUCGGCAAAGAGCUCAAACAUCUUAGAGACAGACCGGGUGUUUUUCAUUCAAAUGUAUGCAGCAGAAAUAAGGGACAGCCCUCAAUGGGUUUUCCUUGAGUCAGGAUUGAGAGAUUGAGAUUAGGAAGAGCAGAGUAGUAGUCCAGUGUUCCCUUUGUUUGAUAGGACCCACAUCUGGGCCUCUGUUCUUAAUAGCCAGAGUUUCUCUGAGUGAUGCUCUAACAAAAAGAAAUGGGAAUAUAGAAGUGGCUUUUGAGCUCCAUCCUUAAGCAGAAGGAUAACAGUGUAACAUUUAAUCUAAAAGGCCUUUCAUGGGACCCUAAGGAUAUGGCAGCUUAUUAAUGACUAUACCACCAGAUGUCCUGGGUGCUGAACCUUGUGUUCAGAGGCAUUUCACUAAAGUUUCCACCUUCUUUUUAAGAGCCUGAGAAGGUGUGUAUAGUUGUCUUCUGGCUGGCAGUGUGAAGACCAGUAUUGCCUCUGCCCCUGCUGUUUUUCCUCCUGAAGUUGGAGUCCCUGAUAAAGAGAAAUGAGAGCAUAUCUGUCCAAGUGGUACCCAGAAAACCACAGUAGGAAUUUGGGAAACUUGCUCCAUUGUUGACCUCAAAGCCGAUUGGAUUUGGUGCUAAAACAGUAGACCAUUCCUCACAAUUAAGUUGUCCAAUGGUUUUGGCAUGUUAGAAUGGUGCCAGGUUAGCAGCAUUGACCUGCUGAGUUUGAGAAAGCUUGGAGACCCCCAGUGCAUAUGCUGGCAGUGACUGCUAAUUAGAACAGUUCCUCUGUGUCUAGUGCCAAAAUGAGUCCAAAGGGCUCAUCUGUUCUCAGGCUUUACUUUUGGUGGGAGGGCCAAGCUCCUGCCUUAGGAAAACUGGGAAAGGCCCUAGUUCGCUUAGGAAGCCAUCCUUGCCAACGUACAACUAGUUGGACAUGGAGGGUCUUCUGCCCCUUGAUGGACAGAUACUUGCAUGUGUUUUCAGAGCAUUUAACUUCUGCAACAGAUACACAGUGAAUUUUCUCAUCCUGUUGACUGUUCCUAAGAGCGGGGGAAGGUUCUGUUGGUGACUAUUGGUGUGACAUAGUUGAACUUUUGUCUCCUAUGAGAGCCAACUACAUCUGGACAAAGGGCGGGGCUGACUGUUGGAAGACUAAGACAAGACGGGUGAGCUAACAAGAGAAGCGUGGGCUCCCGAAGGUGAACGCUUUCCAGGAUAGGGGUAAAACACUAGAAGGCCGAAAAGUGGAUGAAAUUCCAAGAAAGGGAGCUGUUACUUCAAGUCGUUGGCUAGGAAGCUUGAAUUUGGACCCUAGGGUUCAAAACAAAUUCAUGAGACAUCGCUGGGGUGUUCACCGUGAGCUAGAGUGCCCAUGUGCCAAACUAAUGAAAGCUACCUUGGGUUUCCUUAGCCAUGCUAAGUAGCCCGACAAGGUCAGGGCACCAGCGGCUAAGCAGACCUCAUGUCAGCCCUCAGAAGGGUGAGACGGGUCGUCUUUGCUACAGCGAUGGGCAGCUUAUUUAUGCCUUAUUCUUUCCAAGAAGCUGAAGCAUUUGCAAAAGAAACUGACCAAGACAAGGAAAGAAUGCCGAUGAAAUCUUAGGUGGCAGGAAGCUUCAGGGCAGGUGAUAUUAGAAUACAAGUAGAUGAAGUCGAAAGAAAAGGACAUUGGCAACAGUGCUUUCAUUAGAGUGCUGUGUCCCCCACUAAAAGUACUGGGUGUUAAGAGUCCAGAAGACUCCAGUGCGGGCCUAGGUUAUUGUCGAGGGUGCUGCAGAUUUCCCGCCUCUGUCCCUCAGUGGUCCUGACUGAUGACAGCCCUCUGUAAAAGGACAACCAAGGACUGAACGGUUGAGGGAAGGCUGAACUCAGCAGUGCUCAGCACGUUAAGGGGUGGUCCGGUGAGAAGUGCUACGCUGUCUCAGCCCACCAGGCAGACCCGCUGUGCCCGAGUAAAUAAAAGACAGCUCUCCGGCUCCUCUGUUGCCUGUCGGGACAAGCUUGUUAGACACAGCAGGUCAAUGCCUUAGGCUUUUCUUAAGAAGCUAGGCUAGGACUUGGCAUGGUGGUGUCUGCCUUUAAUCCCAGCAAUCGGACAGAGACAGGUGACUUUCUGAGUUCAAGGUCAGCCUGGCGUACAUAGCAAGUUCCAUUAUGUAGCAAAGGCUUCGAAAAUGAGGCCUCCUUUUAGAGUGGGGCCGGGGAAGCUGAUGGGGAAACCGGAAACCAGUCACAAAUAAGACAAGUGCUAUGGGAAAAGUAGGUGCUGUGUGCACUGUCACCCCCAGAAAGACUGGGCUAGUGGUGGUGGAGCGGAAGUGAGUCAAGUGGCGUGGAGAAGGUUUCAAUAAAGCACUUGGAAAGGUCGGCAGUUCUUGCUAAAAUGUGCACUGAAUGCUAGACCUGCUGGAUGUGUCUGUGUGAACAACCUCACAAAGUGGGUCCUCUUCCUUACCCCUUCUACAGACUGAGUAAAGCCGAGAUACUGAA